UUGGGCUCUAGCUUACUUCACCCGUUCCCAAAACUGUUUUCGUUGGCGUGCUUUCAAAAUUCUCCAUAAAAUUCCAAAUGAUGACCUGUUUCCUCAGUCGCUUCCUGGGCCUGGGCAGGUGUGGCCUGCAAGUGCUCCACAGGCGGCUGGGCCACUUCAACCACUGCACCCUGGCCCUGGCCACUCUCGACCUGGUCUGCAUUGUGUGCCUGCUCCAUUACCAACUGGUGCAGCAUGGCCGGGACCUGUUCUUCUGGUGCGAGGAGCUGAACCAGCGGCUCGUGGAGUACCUGCUCUCCGGGAUCGUACUGAUGGCCACCGUCAGUGUGCUCGGCUCCUGCGUGGAUGGCCUCAUCUUCUCGGCCCUGGUUCGCCGGGAAAUGAGUCGUUACGAUAUGCCGCGACAGUACUUUGAAGACCGCUACCGCAGGUUCGUGUUCAUGCGGUUGGUCAGGCAGCUUGAGGAGGCCCUCAAGGUGCAGGCCAAGCAGUCUGAGAUGGGCCAGAGCACCAUGAUGCCACUCGGGAACAUGUCCGAAUCUCAACAGCUAAUCAGGCAGGCAAUCGACGAGUUUCGCACCGCAGUGCGCAUCCUUCUGUGGCCCAAUCGGUCCGACCUGCUGGCGGAGGCGUUUGUCCUCUUCCACAUCAGCGAGUCUCAACUGUCGGACCUGGCACUUCAGGGCUAUAAACUAAACGACGUGGAGGGGGAGGACAUAUCCAAUGCCCGCCUAACUCUAAUGCUCAACCCACCGUGGUAUUGAAAAGUGUCCCAACAAAUUCUUCCUUAAUAAGAACAAAAUUUAUUAAAUAAAGUUGUCUAUAGAAAAGUA